AUGCCCGACGACGAGCGCUACUGCAAGAAAUGCUCCUCCGACUCGCGCGCCGCUCGCGUGCGCCUCGUGCCCCUGACAGAGACUAGCAAUGGAAAGUCUUUCGCAGACUUCGUCCUUCCUUGGAGAGGCGUCAAGGAACGACGUGUGGACGACUAUAAGGUGACGGAAGUUCAUGGCAUGUUUAGGGAAGACAAGCGCUUCUGCCGCGUUGCGGAAGUGAGGGUUGGACAAUCCAAGGAGGAAGCGCUCGUGCGAUGCUACAAGGAAGCCUGCGGUGUAGAUGCUCGUUGGGCCGUCUGCAGUCAAUGCGGCUACUUCAAUAUUUGGAUGGACCUGGACAGGAAGGGCAAGUUGCGCUCUUACGCUCCUGGUCUGCUCCCAAGUGACGUCCAGGACAACCUGAAGAAGAAGUUCGGGCUCAAGAGAAAGGUCUCGUCCUCUGCUCCUGGCAAACCCUCGGGACACUCGCCAGCGGAGGCCGAUGAGGCAGCAAACAGGUCUACCGGUUUGCCCGACAAGGGGCAGGAGGGCAAGGGGGAGGAUGGCUGCAGGGGCAAGGGGGACUCAGAAGGGGCAGCGAAGGAGAAGAGCUACGAUGAGCGCGUGUAUGCUGCUGAGCUCCUGCUCCAACUGUCUCGCACUUCCUCAGGCAGCGGCGACCACUCGCCAAAACGGAAGUCGGACGGAUCGGGAGGACAAGGGACAAGCAAGGAAAGCAAAGCCUGCAAGAGCACGGGUGAUCCAAAGAAAGAAGCGAGUGAAACAAAGGGAGGGAAGGUUACACCUGGCAGUAAACCAAAUGCAACAGUGGUCAAGGAAGAAUCGCCGAAGCCAAUCUUGCAUACUGUGAAUGUGGAGGAGAAACUUCAGGAGAAGUUGCUGUUUUCCUAUGACCAGACACAAGAUGUGAAUGUGAAUGUCAACUCGCUGGACUGCUCAAGUUUGCAAGCAUCGAAUGCGAAGAAGAGAAAGACCUCGAACCUCUGUCAGACCAUUGAGAAUGGAAUGCAGUGUGCGACGAAGAAUGCUGGUUGUUAA